AUGACUCUAUGGAGCCUUUGGAAAUGUCGCAAUAGCAAACUUUGGGAUAAUGUUGAUACACCGUCGCUUGUGGUUUGUAAUCGAGCAAGAGACACACUCUAUGAAUGGACCUAUAUGCAACAGGCAAACAAUCCGGUGCAAGAAAUAACACAUGAUGCAUUGUGGGAGAAGCCUCCGCUGACAUUUGUUAAAUGUAAUGUUGACUGCGCGUUGUUUAACAAUAACUCUAUCAUGGGCUAUGGUUUAUGCUUCAGAGACUCCAUGGGUCAUUUUCUGCUUGGCUUGUCUAAUUAUGAGUUUCUUAGAGUCACUCCAUCUGAGGCGGAAGCUACCGGACUUCUUGAAGCAUUCAAACUGGCUAUUGCUCGAGGCAUGCAAUCUGUUAUCUUCGAAUCUGAUUGCAAAAUUGUGGUGGAUGUUGUGAACUCUAGUGUCAACCCCCACAACGAACUUGGUGACAUUAUUUUUUAUUGUAAACAACUUUUGUCUUUGCACGCUAACUUUUAUGUGCGUUUGCGGAAGCUACCGGACUUCUUGAAGCAUUCAAACUGGCUAUUGCUCGAGGCAUGCAAUCUGUUAUCUUCGAAUCUGAUUGCAAAAUUGUGGUGGAUGUUGUGA